UCCACGAACCUCUCUAAUGCACUUAUUCUCAAAAAUCUCUCUAUAUAUAAACACAUCAAUCUCCGAUCAUAUUCAAACCAUCCGAAACCAAUUACUUUUGAACAACAACAACAGAGCAAAAUAUACAACCCCAUUUAAAAAAAAAAAAAAUGGCGGGUUUUGCUACCAAACAGUCGUUGUUGUUGUUGUUGUUGUCUAUUUUGCUCUUGAUCGGCCUAUCAGCCGGAAGUUUCUACGACAAUUUCGAUGUCACGUGGGGAAAUGGUCGUGCCAAUAUAUUUGAGAGCGGACAGCUCUUGACUUGCACCCUCGACAAGAUCUCAGGUUCAGGUUUUCAAUCAAAGAAGGAGUAUUUGUUCGGUAAGAUCGAUAUGAAGAUGAAACUCGUCACCGGAAACUCAGCCGGAACCGUCACUGCUUACUACCUUUCGUCUAAAGGCGAGACAUGGGAUGAGAUCGAUUUCGAGUUCUUGGGUAAUGUUACCGGACAACCUUACGUUCUUCAUACAAAUGUGUUCACCGGAGGCAAAGGUAACCGUGAAAUGCAGUUCUAUCUCUGGUUCGAUCCCACUGCAGAUUUCCACACCUACACUGUCCUUUGGAACCCUCUCAACAUCAUCUUUCUAGUGGAUGGUAUCCCAAUUCGAGUGUUCAAGAACAAUGAGGCUAAUGGCGUAGCCUACCCUAAGAGCCAGCCGAUGAAGAUAUACUCGAGUCUUUGGGAAGCUGAUGAUUGGGCCACACAAGGAGGACUAGUCAAGACCGAUUGGACCAACGCUCCAUUCAGCGCUCACUACAGAAGCUUCAACGAUGUGGACUGUUGUAGCCGGACCUCGUUGUUGAGUUGGGUAACAUGUAAUGCGAAUAGCAACUCGUGGAUGUGGACUACUCUUAACUCAAAUCAGUACGGACAGUUGAAGUGGGUGCAAGAUGAUUAUAUGAUCUAUAACUAUUGUACUGAUUACAAGAGGUUCCCUCAAGGUCUCCCUACGGAGUGCAACCUUGACUGAUCAUGUUACCAAGAAUAUUUAAGCUCAUAUUUACCGUUUUACCUCGUAGUUCUUGAUUUGAUUAAGUUAUUCUUUUAAUUUUGUAAGAUUUAAAUCCCAUGUUGGGGUAAUGAUUAUUUGUUUUUUAAUCUUUAUAAUUUGCUUUCGCUUUCUUCAUAUCUAAAUAGUUGUAAUAAAAUUUGACUCGAACCAAUUUAA